AAUUGGAAAUGCAAGCGCGUUACAUGGCACUCCACUUUCGUCUCCCAGGCCCCAGCUCAGACUGACUAUGGUAGACCACCGUAUUCUCACACAAGAAAUUUUUUCUUUCGACUUCAUCAACAGCAAAAAUUAUUCUAAAAUCUUAUAAUUUAUUCAUUUUUUAUAAUUUCCUUCACAACGAAACGGAUCUAUUUACCAGCUUAAAUCAAUAAAUUGAAUCGUUACAUUGAUCAUUCAUUCUCGUAUUCUAUUCAUUCUCUUUCGAUACCAAUCACAGUUGCAGAUUCACAUCUGCAACUUCGAUCUGCUCCAUCAAUGGCAGGCGCCGCCUCGGCGCUUUUUCUUUUAGAUAUCAAAGGCCGUAUCUUGAUUUGGCGUGAUUACCGCGGGGACGUUUCCUCCGUUCAGGCCGAGCGCUUCUUCACCAAGCUUAUCGAGAAAGAGGGUGAUCCGCAGUCUCAGAAUCCAGUGGUCUAUGACAAUGGAGUAACUUACUUGUUUAUACAGCACAAUAAUAUAUACUUGAUGACUGCAACUAGGCAGAAUUGCAAUGCUGCCAGCCUGCUUCUCUUUCUGCACCGUGUGGUUGAUGUAUUCAGGCAUUAUUUUGAAGAGUUAGAAGAGGAAUCUUUGAGGGAUAACUUUGUGGUUGUGUACGAGUUGCUUGAUGAAAUCAUGGACUUUGGUUUCCCUCAAUAUACUGAAGCGAAGAUUCUUAGUGAGUUUAUCAAGACUGAUGCUUAUAGGAUGGAAGUUGCUGCCCGACCUCCAAUGGCGGUAACAAAUGCUGUAUCCUGGCGCAGUGAGGGGAUACGGUACAAGAAAAAUGAAGUAUUUUUAGAUGUGGUGGAGAGUGUCAAUAUACUUGUCAACAGCAAUGGGCAAAUAAUACGUUCAGAUGUUGUUGGGGCACUAAAGAUGAGAACAUAUUUGAGCGGCAUGCCUGAAUGCAAGCUUGGCCUGAAUGAUAGAGUACUUUUGGAGGCUCAAGGUCGAGCAACAAAAGGAAAAGCUAUUGAUUUAGAUGAUAUCAAGUUUCAUCAAUGUGUACGUUUGGCUAGAUUUGAAAAUGACCGGACAAUAUCCUUCAUACCACCAGAUGGAUCUUUUGAUCUGAUGACCUACAGACUGAGUACUCAGGUUAAACCUCUCAUUUGGGUGGAAGCUCAAGUUGAAAAGCAUUCUAGAAGUCGAAUUGAGAUAAUGGUAAAAGCUCGGAGUCAGUUUAAGGAGCGCAGCACUGCAACUAAUGUUGAAAUUGAACUGCCUGUGCCAUCUGAUUCCACAAAUCCUAAUAUCCGUACAUCGAUGGGCUCUGCUACAUAUGCCCCAGAAAAUGAUGCUUUGGUCUGGAAAAUUAAAUCUUUUCCUGGUAAUAAGGAGUAUAUGUUGAGGGCAGAAUUUAGUUUUCCUAGCAUAACUGCCGAAGAAGCAACUCCUCAGAGAAGAGCUCCCAUCAGCGUUAAGUUUGAGAUUCCAUAUUUUACUGUCUCUGGGAUUCAGGUUCGCUACCUGAAGAUUAUUGAAAAAAGCGGAUAUCAGGCUCUACCAUGGGUCAGGUACAUAACGAUGGCUGGCGAGUAUGAAUUAAGACUAAUGUAGGAAUCUAUUGAUUAUACAUCUUCCAGUCACGUAAAUAUGCAUAGCUGUGGAACCUGUAGAGUAAUAAUGGUGAUUCCCAAGUGGUCUCUCUUCCAAAUUUUGGUGUCGUAAGAGUUCCUUGUCAAGUUGUUUUUCUCUACCUUUUUUAUGUAGUGUUAAUGUUGUUUUGAUGUCUUGUACAUGACAAACAUUUAAAAAUACACAAUUUUUUUUUUUUUUAAA